AUGCAUUCCGUGUUUAGAAUUGAAAAUGUGAAGAAAAUCGAUGAUCAAUUAUGGGAAAUUCAAUUGAAAUUAACAAGUGAUGAUGAUGAACAAUUGAAUCGACUUACUGAUUAUUUUAGAGAAGAAUUUGGAAAAACAUCAGGAUGGAAACGAUUGGGUUUAUUAAUGUUAAAAACAGGACAUUUUCAUCAAGCAGAAGAAAUUUUCAACAAAUUACUUCUUUUAGCUCAACCAAAUAAUUUCAAAGAAAUCGCACAUCUUUAUCAAAUGUUGGCAUUUGUCUAUGUACAACAGGCGAAUUUUACAGAAGGGUGUGUGAGGGUGUGGGUGUAUGUAUAGAUAGAACUAAAUCUAUUCCUAAAGUAACAUGGGUGGCAGACUAUAGGUAUAAGUAAAUCUAUUCCUAGGAAAGGAUUAGAUGGCUAUAGGAAUCGAGCACUUAUAUUAUAAGUCGAAUUAGGCAGCUACUCGUAGCCGUGAGUGACUGGCCAGGGGAGGAGGCCUACGAAUGACUAACCAUUAAGUGAUGGAGUUUUUAGUAAACAUAGCUAGUACUUGUUCGGUUCAUGAAAAAAGAAGAAUGUUUGUCUUGUAUUAAUUCUCGUGCGGGACACGAUGCCAUGGUCUAGCUGAAAUUCAGUAAUAACCGUAGUGCCCUAUUUGUUUUUCAAUGUGUCUGAAUAUAUUCAGCAGUACAACAAUUCUUUCAGAAAAGGGUCGGCGAAUCCAUAGGAUGAGCGUUACUUGUAUUACACAAUUGUGUCUCCAAAUGAAUAACAAAAUCAAAUAGACGUUCUUCUCUUUUCCAGUCAAAUGUUCGACUCAUGCUACGCGUUCAUUGCUCUUGUGUUGUUAUAUUUCCGUACUGUAGCGUUGAGUAGAUAUGUUUGCAUUAGGAAAAUACUUGGUUAAACGUUUCGAUGUUGGAAAUUUAUCGUAGGUAAGCACGUUACUAAUCUGACAACAAUUGACUCGCAUCGUAGCUCUUCUGAAAUUCCUUGUUACUCUCUUCAAAGA